CCCGCGAACAGUGAAGUCGUCCACRCUACAAGGYUCAGACAGGCUACAUGAAUUUACCCACAAUGAAGGCUUAUCACAAAAGUUUUCCCAACCCGGCUGUUGCUCUUUUCUAACUGCUUUCGUGGACCAUGGUUKUGAGUUAAAAGUUUGCAUAAUUUUGGCAGAGUUUUGGAGAAAGGGCCUGUUGUUUUGGCAGCUUGGGGAAAGCCAUGAGUUCCACCCAAGAAGUGCCUAUGGGGGGUGGUAGGAGUAUUCUUGAUGACAUGGUGGGUGUCGGCGAUAUGGUACUGUUAGAUCCUCUUACAGAAGAUGCUGUUAUGGAGAACUUGUGGGAAAGAUAUAAUUCUAAGGAUAUCUAUACGUACAUAGGAAAUGUGGUGGUCUCUAUUAAUCCAUAUAGAAAGUUCCCUCUGUACACACGUGAAGUCAUUGCAGAAUAUAGAUCAAGAAACAUCUAUGAACUUCCUCCACACAUAUAUGCCAUAGCUGAUGAUUCCUAUCGAUCUAUGAGAGAUAAUGAUCAAGACCAGUGUAUCCUGAUUACAGGAGAAAGUGGAUCUGGAAAAACAGAAGCAUCCAAGAUCAUCAUGCAAUAUGUAGCAGCUGUCUGUGGUAAAGGAAUAGAAGUAGAUAAAGUCAAGGAGCAAUUAUUGCAAUCAAAUCCUGUAUUAGAGGCUUUUGGAAAUGCCAAAACACUACGMAAUGACAAUUCAUCGCGUUUUGGGAAAUACAUGGACAUAGAAUUUGAUUUCAAAGGUGACCCGGCAGGUGGCGUUAUAACAAAAUACUUACUUGAAAAGUCUCGUGUAGUUUACCAGUCCAAAGGAGAAAGAAAUUUUCACAUAUUUUAUCACUUGCUUUCUGGUGGAUCAGAUGAACUACUGAAAACAUUGCACUUAGAUCGUAACUUUGAUAAUUACCGCUACCUCAAYCARAGUGGAUGUACGACUCUGGACUCGAAAAAUGACAAAGAGGACUUCAUGGUUGUUGAAAAAGCAAUGAAGGUUGUUGGAUUUAGAGAGGAUGAGAUACAAGCAGUCUAUCAACUAUUAUCUGCCAUACUCAACUUGGGUAAUGCUGAAGUGAGUGAGUUUACAACAUCUGAUGGCACAGAGGCAGUGACUGUAACCAAUGAGCAUGUUCUGGAGUACGUAAGUGAGCUACUUAGAUGUCAAGUUGAUGAACUGAACAAUGCCAUGAAGGAGAGAACAGUUGAAACUAAAACUGAACGUGUACGAACACCAUUAAAUGAAGCCCAGGCUUGCUAUGCCAGGGAUGCUCUGUGUAAAGCUAUUUACCAACGUCUUUUCCACUGGAUUGUUCAAAGAAUUAAUGACAGUAUUAAGGUAAAACGUGGUGGGAAAAGGAAAGUGAUUGGAGUUUUAGAUAUCUAUGGAUUUGAAAUCUUCCAGGAUAAUAGUUUUGAACAGUUUAUUAUAAACUACUGUAAUGAAAAACUGCAACAGAUUUUCAUUGAGCUCACUCUCAAAUCUGAACAAGAGGAAUAUGUCAGAGAGGGAAUAGAAUGGACUCACAUUGAGUAUUUCAACAAUGCUGUCAUCUGUGAACUCAUUGAGAAGAGUCACUCUGGAAUCUUGUCAAGUUUGGAUGAAGAUUGUUUGCGUCCUGGAGAUGUUACAGACAUCACCUUCUUGCAUAAACUGGACAGGCAGUGGAUAGGCCAUGGACACUAUGAAAGCCGUUCUGAUAAGAGAUUCCUAUCAGACAACACACUUGGACAUGACUGUUUUAGGUUAAAGCACUAUGCAGGAAAGGUUACAUACUGUGUGACUGGUUUCCUGGACAAGAACAAGGACUUACUAUACAGAGGUCUUUCACAGUGUAUGUAUAACUGUGAGCACCCACUUACCAAGAAACUGUUUCCUGAAGGUUCUCCUGCUAAAGCAUCAAAGAAAAUGCCAACAACUACAGGAUCUCAGUUCAAAUAUUCAGUUGGAGAAUUGAUGAACAACUUGAAAUCUAAAAACCCCAACUACAUUCGCUGUAUCAAGCCCAAUGAAAGGAAAGCUGCAGGAGUAUUUGAUGAAAGACUUAUAAAACAUCAAGUCAGAUAUUUAGGUUUGAUGGAGAAUAUUCGUGUGAGAAGAGCUGGCUAUUCUUUUAGACAAGACUAUGCUGUUGCUUUGCAAAGGUACAAGAUGUUGUGUCCUAAAACAUGGCCAAACUGGAAAAAGCACCCUCGCGAUGGAAUAUGUGAACUCUUGAAGGUAAUUUAUGGACUAAAUAUCAGCCUAAUUAAAUUGGAAAAAAAAAUUAUUUCUACCAUAGGGGAGUACUCCCCCCCCCCCUCCUGGGAUUUUUCGAUAAUGAAAUCUUUUUACCAUGAAGUGAAUAUAGAUAUAUUGAUUAUUGUUAUAACUAUGAAACAGAAAAUGGAAGUCUCUGUUAAAAGCAAACGCAUGCUGUACGGCAGCAAGCCAAGCAAAUCAAUCA